AAGUACUACGUGAACCAAAUCCUGAGCCUUGACGAAGACUCCCUGCGCCGGUCCUGGAACAAGGUGUGUCGCGCCAAUCGUGACAACCAAAUCGAGAAGGAUGCGCGCAUCGAGUACCUGUCGUGGCGUGUGUGGGCCAUGAAGCGCAAGCGCGCCGCCAUCGCCGCGCGGCAAGCCUACCUUCGUCGGGUCAAUGCGGUCAACGGCGAAGAAGACGACGAGUCUGAUGAACGCACCGCACUCCUGUACCUUGACGAUCUGGACACCACCGUAAACCUGGAGGUGGGUUGGGACUUGGCCACAGAAAAGGGCGUAGCGCCCUCCGCUGCCGUAUCCCCCCCUACCGAGGCUGAUCUGGAUCUGCUCGUACACCGGUAUCCCCGGCUGUACGUCGUACUCAUCUCCCUGCACGGCCUGGUGCGAGGCAGUCGAAUGGAGCUAGGGCGGGAUCCGGACACGGGGGGCCAGGUGAAGUACGUUGUUGAGCUGGCCCGAGCUCUGGGCCGAAUCCCGUCCGUGGCUCGAGUGGACCUCCUCACCCGCCUCAUUGCGGACCCCAAGGUACGGCACGCCCUGGGGUGGAGCGUGUCCGGCCCUGAAAACCCGCCUUGUGGUGGCGAUGGCGGCAGCGACCCACUCACGGGGGCCUUCAUUGUACGACUGCCGUGCGGACCAUCGGACGUAUACCUCAGGAAGGAGGACCUGUGGCCCUACAUACGGGACUUCGCGGACCGCGCCCUGCGCCACAUCACCAGCACCCUGGCCCGCCUGUCGGCCAGCGGCACCCCCUCGGAGCUGUGGGCCGUACACGGACACUACGCUGACGCGGGGGAGGCGGCGGCGCUCAUUGCGGCCUCGCUGGGCUGCCCCAUGCUCAUGACCGGGCACUCGCUGGGCCGCAAUAAGAAGGCCCACCUGCUUGCUAGCGGCUCCGUGAGCCUGUCCGAGAUGGAGGCCACCUACCGCAUCAGUCGCCGCAUAGAGGCGGAGGAGCGCAGCCUGGACUCCGCCGUGGUGGUGUUCACAUCCACACAGCAGGAGGUCAAGGAGCAGUGGGGGUUGUACGACGGCUACCGCGAGCGGCUGGCUGAGGCCCUCACCCAGCGCGGUGUCCCCGGGCUGCAUGUGCCCGCCAUGGCCGUCAUACCGCCGGGCCUGGACUUCUCCGCACUCAAGGUGGCACUGCCCGCGGACCCCAUCUCGCAGCUCCUGGAGCGGCACACCGCGAAGACCUCCAUUCCUCGCCCCCGCUCUCCCGCACUCUUCAUGCAGGUACACCGCUUCCUGCGCAACCCCGCCAAGCCCGUCAUUCUGGCUAUGAGCAGGCCUGACGCCAAGAAGAACGUGGCGGCGCUGAUCAAAGCGUACGGCAGCAGUGCCGUACUGCGGGACCUGGCGAACCUGGUGCUGGUGCUGGGCAACCGUGACGUCAUCGACUCGAUGGCCAGUGGCAGUGCCCGGGUGAUGGAGGGGGUGCUGAAGCUCGUGGACGCGUACGACCUGUACGGCAGUGUGGCCUACCCUAAGCGGCACAGCCAGUCGGACAUUUCCGAUAUCUAUCACCUGGCGGCCGCAACACGGGGCGUGUUCGUGAAUGUGGCGCUGCAGGUGUGUGAGGGAGCGCGAAGGAAAGGGGGGAGGGGCGGAGGGGAUGCUUUCCCCUAG